AUGGCGGCGAUGAGGAAAUCAAAAGCAGGAUUAGGGUUACUGCUACACGAUGACUACAUCAGUAUCACUACCCUGGACGUCAAGGCAGCUAAGAAUGGGUCUUGCGUUAUCUGUUUAGACGACGACAUUGAUCCUCAUCUCAUGUUUUCUAUCGAUAAAUGCGGCCAUUGGUUUUGCUUAAAUUGUGUAAAACAACAUAUAGAGGUGAAGCUGCUUGAUGGAAAGAUACCGGACUGUCUUCAGCAUCGGUGCGAGUCUCAGCUCUCUAUUGAUAGAUGUUGCAAUUUUUUGACUCAAAAGUUAAGUUUGAUGUGGGCACAGAGGAUUAGAGAGGACUCAAUUCCUUCGGAUGAGAGAGUUUACUGUCCAAACCCAAGAUGCUCUUACAUGAUGUCCAAAACCGAGCUUUUGUCUUUUUCUGGAUGUGCGUUUAGGAGAUGCUUCAAAUGCAGUGCCUCCUUCUGCAUCUACUGCAAAGUUCCAUGGCAUAGUAAGCUAUCUUGCACCGACUACAAGAAGUUGCAUUCUAUUCUUCAAGAUGAUGAUGCAAAGCUGCAAUCUCUGGCAAAUCGUGUGGAUAUGAGUUUUGCUACACGUGUGGAGCCCAGUGGAACUCCAGGUCCCAUGGAAAGUGCAUCAGUUAUCGUUUCGAUAACGAAGUCCCGGAUUUUCUUUGUGUUCUGUGUUUGGCUCUUCUAG